AUGGCAAAUUUCGAUGACUUGGCGAAUUUAUUUGUUCUUGAAAAUGUUCAAAACCAAAUAAAUUUUCAACCACAGCAGCCAAGAUUAAUGAGAAGAGAAACAUUUGUUUCGGAUGCUUUUAAACUGUCCGACUCGGCGUUUAUAAAAAAUUAUAGACUUUCUAAAGAGUUAGUUAAGGACUUAAUUGAAGAAUUAAGUCCACUGAUUUCAUCACAAAAUAGAUCAUCUGACUUAGAUGUGACAACAAAAGUUUUGAUAUCCUUAAAUUUUUAUGCCACUGGCAGUUACCAAACUUCUGUUGGUAAUAGCAUAUUUGCUUUUGUAUCACAGAGUUCAGUAUCUAGAUGUUUGGAACAAGUAACUACUGCAUUGAAUGAUGAAAGUGUUUUUGGUAAAUGGGUAAAUUUUCCAAGUAAUUUAACAAAAUUACGAACAGUUCGAAAUGAAUUUUAUGAAACUACGGGUUUUCAAGGGUGUAUAGGUUGCAUAGAUUGCACUCACGUGGCUAUAGUACCACCAAACAAAGAUCCGUUAAAUGCGCCCCCAGAAUACAUUUAUGUUAAUCGUAAAGGCUACCAUUCAAUAAAUGUACAACUAAUAUGUGAUUCAAAACUACGAAUUAUGAAUGUAAAUGCAUUAUUUCCUGGAUCUACUAAUGAUUCCCAUAUAUGGAAUAAUUGUGAUGUAUAUUCAGUAGUAAAAGAAAUUUAUGAAAGAGGCCACACAGGAUUUUUUCUUUUAGGAGAUUCGGGGUACGCAUUGAGACUUUUGUUACUGAUUCCUAUUGCUGAACCUAUCACUGAAGAAGAAAAUUUCUAUAAUAAAAUGCAAAUGGCAACUCGUAGUGUAAUUGAAAGGUGCAAUGGAGUGUUGAAAAUGCGAUUUAGAUGUCUUUUAAAACAUCGAUUUCUGCAUUACCACCCGGAAAAAGCAACACGAAUUAUAAAUGCUUGUACAGUAUUGCAUAAUAUGUGUAUUAUGAAUAAUGUACCACUGCCGACUAAUGAACAUGUGGCUGAUAUUGAUAUGGGAAUAAUUCAACAAAACAUUCCAAAUAAUGAAAUGCCUCAUGGCGGCAAUGCCAAUGAUUUAGUCCAAGGCAGAUAUGUUCGCUCAAAAGUUGUAAGUGAUAUGCAAAGAAAUAGACAAUAUAAAAGUUUAUGUAAAGUACAUUAG